CGGGAUCAUGAGACUGUAAUACAAAUCACCAUGAUUGGAUACAUCCUCUUUACCGUUGCGGCAUUUUUGCCGCUAUUGAUUUAUUUGCGAAAUCCAUAUUUUCUGGCAGAUCUAAAUUACGCAAUCGUUGCCAUUCGCAUCGGAUGGCGAUUAAGUAAAAUCAAAAAGAAGUUUUUCAGCAUCUUAGAUGCUUUCCUGGAUAAAGUGAAUAAAGAUCCAGAAAAGACUUUUGUGAUCUUCGAGGAGCGCUCCUAUAGCUACGGAUGGGCUGACAGGGAGAGCAACAGAAUAGCCAGGGCUCUGUCAGCGCAUGCCGGGCUGAAGGAGGGGGACACAGCCGCGCUCUUCCUGGCCAAUGAGCCGCACUUUAUUUGGGUCUGGCUGGCUCUGGCCAAACUGGGCUGUGUGGCGUCUCUCCUCAACUGCAACAUCAGGUCCAAGUCUCUGCUGCACUGCUUCUCCUGCUGCGAUGCCAAGGUCCUCAUUCUCGGUGCUGACUUGAAAGAAGCUGUGGAAGAAAUUUUGCCUGGUCUGAAAGAGUUGGGCAUCCGUGUGUUUGUCCUCAGCAAUCACAGCGAUAUUGAAGGUAUUGAAAGCCUCUCUGAUAAGAUUGAGAAGGCCUCAGAUCAGCCUCUGUCACCCCAGCUGAGGGCCAACACCAACCUCAAAAGUCCUGCAGCGUACAUCUACACAUCAGGAACCACAGGACUUCCCAAGGCAGCCGUAGUUAACCACGAGAGGGUAUGGGUGGCAUCUUCUCUCCUGUCUUUUGCUGGUGUUCACUCCAGUGAUGUUCUCUAUUUAUACCUCCCUCUCUACCACUCCUCUGGUUUUCUGAUGGGACUCUGCGGAGCCAUCGACAAAGGUAUCACCGUGGUUUUGAGACAGAAGUUUUCUGUUUCCAACUUCUGGAAAGACUGCAGAAAGCACAAUGUGACCAUUUUUCAGUACAUUGGAGAGAUCAUGCGAUACCUUUGCAACACACCAAAGAAAGACAAUGACAAGGAUCAUAAAGUGAGGCUGGCUAUUGGAAACGGGAUAAGGCCAGACACCUGGGCUGAUUUCCAGGAGCGAUUCGGGAACAUUGGUAUCUUAGAAUGCUACGGGGCAACGGAAUCAAAUAUUGGUUUCUUUAAUUAUGUUGGAAAAGCUGGAGCCAUCGGCAGAGAACAUUUUCUCUACAAACUAUCAUGUCCAUAUGCCCUUAUAAGGUAUGACACAGAAAAAGAAGAGCCAGUCAGAAACUCCAAAGGAUUCUGUAUUGAAGUCCCUAAAGGGGAAACUGGUUUGCUGGUGGCGAAGAUUAAAGAGAGAACACCCUUUUAUGGCUAUGCCAAGAACAAACAGCAAACAGAGAAGAAGAAACUGAGAGACGUCUUCGAGCGAGGAGACCUCUACUUUAACAGCGGUGACCUCUUAAGGAUAGACCACGAGGGAUUUAUCUACUUUCAGGACCGCAUUGGAGACACUUUUAGGUGGAAAGGAGAAAAUGUGGCAACCACAGAGGUGGCUGAUCAUUUACUGGCCAUGGAUUUCGUUGACGAGGCUAAUGUUUACGGUGUGAGGGUACCAGGGCAUGAAGGAAGGAUUGGAAUGGCGGCACUGAAGCUUAAAGAAAAUAUGGACUUUGAUUGUGAAGCUAUGUAUCAACAUGUCAAAAACUACCUGCCCAGCUAUGCAAGACCACGGUUCAUACGCAUUCAGGAUGCUGUGGAAGUGAAUGGAACAUAUAAGCAGCUGAAGGUGAAGCUGACUAAUGAGAGUUUCAACCCUGAAAUCAUCAUGGACCCUUUGUUUUUCCUGGAGGAUGGAAAAGGCUACGUACCUAUGACUCCAGAGAUAUUCACUGCCAUCACAGUGGGAAAAAUUAAGCUCUGAAGAAGUUUGAUUACGUUACUAAUCAAUGUAUCUAAUUUUUUUACACUUUUAGUAAUAAAGGAUGCAGAGUAAUCCAGAUGCAAUGACUUGUACAUUGAGCGUGUUUACAAAAUGCACACGAUGAAAGGAAAUAUGUCAUAGGGGAAUAUUUCAUAGGUAUCUUUUUUAUCAUUUA